CAAAACAGUCUGGAAUGGAAGAGAUAUGAAUACCUAUGGCAGUGUCCGCAAUGAGAUAAGAUAAGGUAGAGGAAGAAUUUUCUUUAUCAACGCUUGUAAGGGCUACUUAAAGAGAAGGGUGAGUGCGACAGGACCUUUUUGAGAAUCGCAAAGACUGUCACAUCGGGAGUUGUUUGAUGACACAAGGAUUACAUUAAGUCGUGUUUUUCAGUUCGGUUCUGAAAAAUCCACAGACUGACUUGAGUGAGUUUAUGACGAGGAUGAAACGAAAUUUGCAAGUAGCUGUGCUUCUUGUCGGCACUUUGCUGAAAGUUGCUUCGAGCUACGAUGGCGGUGGAUCGGAACCAUGCAAGGGCAAAGACGGAAUCGUCCCCCAUCCAGAAAACUGUUUCUCCUACUUCAUAUGUGACAGUGGUAAUGCCACGCUCCUUAAUUGCUCCGAUGGACUGUUCUUCAACAAAUCAAAGAGGACUUGCGACUAUAACAAGACUGCGGAUUGCGACCCUGAUUUACCUGAAAACGUUGUUGUGGAUCCUGAUAAUCGGGAUACGAAUGGAGAUGCCACAUGUAGAUCGAACACCUCCACCUGGGUCUCGAUGGUGAAUGGCAGCUGUUCUGAUUAUUACCUGUGUGAAAAUGGUGAAGCUUUUAAGGAGUCGUGCCCUCAAGAUUUACUUUUUGAUACAGAGAAACUUGUGUGCGAUUAUGAAAAAAAUGUGAACUGUAGAGCUGAACCUCUUAAUACUAAAGCAGAAGACGCAACUCAAUCUACGAUGACAAAUAUAAAUACUUACAGUUCCACAACAGCAUCUUUAAGAAAAACAUUUACCACUCUUUCGGACUCGACCACUGUUACUCAGACCUCUGCUGCGGACUCUACCACUACUACUCAGAAGUCUACAGCGGAUCUAAGCACAGAAGUUCAAACAUCUGCUGUGGAAACGAGCACAAACUCACAGACCCCAGAUGUGGACACGAGCAGAAACUCUCAGACCCGAGCUGUGGACACGAACACAAAUUCUCAGACCCGAGCUGUGGACACGAGCACUGCUUCCCAGAACACUGCUGCGGAAACGAGCACUGCUUCCCAGAACACUGCUGCUGAAACGAGCACUGCUUCCCAGAACACUGCUGCUGAAACGAGCACUGCUUCCCAGAACACUGCUGCUGAAACGAGCACUGCUUCCCAGAACACUGCUGCUGAAACGAGCACUGCUUCCCAGAACACUGCUGCUGAAACGAGCACUGCUUCCCAGAACACUGCUGCUGAAACGAGCACUGCUUCCCAGAACACUGCUGCGGAAACGAGCACUGCUUCCCAGAGCACUGCUUCCCAGAACACUGCUGCGGAAACGAGCACUGCUUCCCAGAACACUGCUGCGGAAACGAACACUGCUGCGGAAACGAGCACUGCUUCCCAGAACACUGCUGCGGAAACGAACACUGCUGCGGAAACGAGCACUGCUUCCCAGAACACUGCUGCGGAAACGAGCACUGCUUCCCAGAACACUGCUGCGGAAACGAGCACUGCUUCCCAGAACACUGCUGCGGAAACGAGCACUGCUUCCCAGAACACUGCUGCGGAAACGAGCACUGCUUCCCAGAACACUGCUGCGGAAACGAGCACUGCUUCCCAGAACACUGCUGCGGAAACGAGCACUGCUUCCCAGAACACUGCUGCGGAAACGAGCACUGCUUCCCAGAACACUGCUGCGGAAACGAGCACUGCUUCCCAGAACACUGCUGCGGAAACGAGCACUGCUUCCCAGAACACUGCUGCGGAAACGAGCACUGCUACCCAGAACACUGCUGAGGAAACGAGCAAUGCUUCCCAGAACAGUGCUGCGGAAACGAGCACUGCUUCCCAGAACACUGCUUUGGACACGAGCACAAAAUCUCAGACACAAGCUACGGACACUGGUACAGAACAUCAGACCUCACUUUUAAGGACGAGAAUACACUCCCAGACCAUUUCUGCGGAAUUUAGCACUGCUAUUCAGACAUCGUCAACGGACUCGAGCAUUGCUACUCCGACCACUUCAGCUGACUCGACCGCGGCCACUCGGACCACUUCAGCUGACUCGACCGCGGCCACUGGGACCACUUCAGCUGACUCAACAGUGGCUACUCAGACCACUUCAGCUGACUCGACCGCGGCUACUCAGACCACUUCAGCUGACUCGACCGCGGCUACUCAGACCACUUCAGCUGACUCGACCGCGGCUACUCAGACCACUUCAGCUGACUCGACCGCGGCUACUCAGACCACUUCAGCUGACAAGAGCAAGGCAGUCCAAACAUCUGAUGUAGAUCAAAGCACGACCACAAAAUCCUCUGCAGUAGAUCCCAGCACAAACACCCAGACCACUGUUAUGGACACGAGCACAAACACCCAGACCGAUGCUGUGGACACGAGCGCAAACACCCAGACCGAUGCUGUGGACACGAGCGCAAACACCCAGACCACUGCUGUGGACACGAGCACAAACACCCAGACCACUGCUGUGGGCACGAGCACAAACACCCAGUCCACUGCUGUGGACACGAGCACAAACACCCAGUCCACUGCUGUGGACACGAGCACAAACACCCAGUCCACUGCUGUGGACACGAGCACAAACACCCAGUCCACUGCUGUGGACACGAGCACAAACACCCAGUCCACUGCUGUGGACACGAGCACAAACACCCAGUCCACUGCUGUGGACACGAGCACAAACACCCAGGCCACUGCUGUGGACACGAGCACAAACACCCAGGCCACUGCUGUGGACACGAGCACAAACACCCAGGCCACUGCUGUGGACACGAGCACAAACACCCAGGCCACUGCUGUGGACACGAGCACAAACACCCAGGCCACUGCUGUGGACACGAGCACAAACACCCAGGCCACUGCUGUGGACACGAGCACAAACACCCAGGCCACUGCUGUGGACACGAGCACAAACACCCAGGCCACUGCUGUGGACACGAGCACAAACACCCAGGCCACUGCUGUGGACACGAGCACAAACACCCAGGCCACUGCUGUGGACACGAGCACAAACACCCAGGCCACUGCUGUGGACACGAGCACAAACACCCAGGCCACUGCUGUGGACACGAGCACAAACACCCAGGCCACUGCUGUGGACACGAGCACAAACACCCAGGCCACUGCUGUGGACACGAGCACAAACGCACUGACCACUGCUGUGGAAAAGGACACUGUUAUUCAGACCUCUUCUGCUGACACGAGAGCUGCUACUCAUACCUCUUCUGCUGACACGAGAGCUGCUACUCAUACCUCUUCGGAUGACAGAAGAGCUGCUACUCAGACCUCUUCGGAUGACUCCACCACGGCCACUCAGACCUCUUCGGCUGACUCCACCACGGCCACUCAGACCUCUUCGGCUGAUUCGAGCACGGCCACUCAGACCUCUUCGGCUGAUUCGAGCACGGCCACUCAGACCUCUUCGGCUGAUUCGAGCACGGCCACUCAGACCUCUUCGGCUGAUUCGAGCACGGCCACUCAGACCUCUUCGGCUGAUUCGAGCACGGCCACUCAGACCUCUUCGGCUGAUUCGAGCACGGCCACUCAGACCUCUUCGGUUGACUCGAGCACGGCCACUCAGACCUCUUCGGUUGACUCGAGCACGGCCACUCAGACCUCUUCGGUUGACUCGAGCACGGCCACUCAGACAUCUUCGGCUGACUCGAGCACGGCCACUCAGACAUCUUCGGCUGACUCGACCACGGCCAAACAGACAUCUUCGGCUGACUCGACCACGGCCAAACAGACAUCUUCGGCUGACUCGACCACGGCCAAACAGACUUCUUCGGUAGACUCGAGCGCGGCUACUCAGACUUCUUCGGUAGACUCGAGCGCGGCUACUCAGACUUCUUCGGCUGACUCGAGGGCGGCUACUCAGACCUCUCCGGCAGUCAAGAUUGUGUCAGUCCAAACGUCUGAUGUAGAUCAAAGCACAACCGCCAAAAUCUCUUCAAUAGAUCCCAGCACUAUCUCCCACACUGCUGCUGUGGACACGAGCACAGACUCCCACACUGCUGCUGUGGACACGAGCACAGACUCCCAGACCCCUGCUGUGGUCACGAGCACAGACUCCCAGACCCCUGCUGUGGUCACGAGCACAGACUCCCAGACCCCUGCUGUGGUCACGAGCACAGACUCCCAGACCCCUGCUGUGGUCACGAGCACAGACUCCCAGACCCCUGCUGUGGUCACGAGCACAGACUCCCAGACCCCUGCUGUGGUCACGAGCACAGACUCCCAGACCCCUGCUGUGGUCACGAGCACAGACUCCCAGACCCCUGCUGUGGUCACGAGCACAGACUCCCAGACCCCUGCUGUGGUCACGAGCACAGACUCCCAGACCCCUGCUGUGGUCACGAGCACAGACUCCCAGACCCCUGCUGUGGUCACGAGCACAGACUCCCAGACCCCUGCUGUGGUCACGAGCACAGACUCCCAGACCCCUGCUGUGGUCACGAGCACAGACUCCCAGACCCCUGCUGUGGUCACGAGCACAGACUCCCAGACCCCUGCUGUGGUCACGAGCACAGACUCCCAGACCCCUGCUGUGGUCACGAGCACAGACUCCCAGACCCCUGCUGUGGUCACGAGCACAGACUCCCAGACCCCUGCUGUGGUCACGAGCUCAGACUCCCAGACCCCUGCUGUGGUCACGAGCUCAGACUCCCAGACCCCUGCUGUGGUCACGAGCACAGACUCCCAGACCCCUGCUGUGGAGAAAGACACUGUUACUCAGACCUCUUCGGCUGACUCCACCACGGCCACUCAGACCUCCUCGGCUGACUCGAGCGCGGCUACUCAGACGUCUUCGGCUGACUCGAGCGCGGCUACUCAGACGUCUUCGGCUGACUCGAGUGCGGCUACUCAGACCUCUCUGACAGUCAAGAUUGUGUCAGUCCAAACGUCUGAUGUAGAUCAAAGCACAACCGCCAAAAUCUUUGCAAUAGAUCCCAGCACUAUCUCCCACACUGCUGCCGUGGACACGAGCAGAGACUCCCAGACUCCUGCUGUGGUCACGAGCACAGACUCCCAGACCCCUGCUGUGGUCACGAGCACAGACUCCCAGACCCCUGCUGUGGUCACGAGCACAGACUCCCAGACCCCUGCUGUGGUCACGAGCACAGACUCCCAGACCCCUGCUGUGGUCACGAGCACAGACUCCCAGACCCCUGCUGUGGUCACGAGCACAAACUCCCAGACCCCUGCUGUGGUCACGAGCACAGACUCCCAGACCCCUGCUGUGGUCACGAGCACAGACUCCCAGACCCCUGCUGUGGUCACGAGCACAGACUCCCAGACCCCUGCUGUGGUCACGAGCACAGACUCCCAGACCCCUGCUGUGGAGAAAGACACUGUUACUCAGACCUCUUCGGCUGACUCCACCACGGCCACUCAGACCUCUUCGGCUGACUCCACCACGGCCACUCAGACCUCUUCGGCUGACUCCACCACGGCCACUCAGACCUCUUCGGCUGACUCCACCACGGCCACUCAGACCUCCUCGGCUGACUCGAGCGCGGCCACUCAGACCUCCUCGGCUGACUCGAGCGCGGCCACUCAGACCUCCUCGGCUGACUCGAGCGCGGCCACUCAGACCUCCUCGGCUGACUCGAGCGCGGCCACUCAGACCUCCUCGGCUGACUCGAGCGCGGCCACUCAGACUUCUUCGCCUGACUCGAGCGCGGCUAAUCAGACUUCUUCGCCUGACUCGAGCGCGGCUAAUCAGACUUCUUCGCCUGACUCGAGCGCGGCUACUCAGACUUCUUCGUCUGACCCGAGCGCGGCUACUCAGACUUCUUCGUCUGACCCGAGCGCGGCUACUCAGACUUCUUCGGCUGACACGCGCGCGGCUACUCAGACUUCUUCGGCUGACACGAACGCGGCUACUCAGACUUCUUCGGAGAAACCGAACAUGGCAGUCCAAACAUCUAAUGCAGAUCGAAGCACUAUCUCCCAUACCGCUGCUGUGGGCACGAGCGCGAACUCCCAUACCACUGCUGUGGACACGAGCACAAACUCCCAUACCACUGCUGUGGACACGAGCACAAACUCCCAUACCACUGCUGUGGACACGAGCACAAACUCCCAUACCACUGCUGUGGACACGAGCACAAACUCCCAUACCACUGCUGUGGACACGAGCACAAACUCCCAUACCACUGCUGUGGACACGAGCACAAACUCCCAUACCACUGCUGUGGACACGAGCGCAAACUCCCAUACCACUGCUGUGGACACGAGCACAAACUCUCAGACCACUGCUGUGGACACGAGCACAAACUCUCAGACCACUGCUGUGGACACGAGCACAAACUCUCAGACCACUGCUGUGGACACGAGCACAAACUCUCAGACCACUGCUGUGGACACGAGCACAAACUCUCAGACCACUGCUGUGGACACGAGCACAAACUCUCAGACCACUGCUGUGGACACGAGCACAAACUCUCAGACCACUGCUGUGGACACGAGCACAAACUCUCAGACCACUGCUGUGGACACGAGCACAAACUCUCAGACCACUGCUGUGGAUAAGAACACUGCUUCUCAGACCUCUUCUGCUUCAGGUGCGAGUAUGACUUCCCAGACCUCUGCUGCAGACGCGAGCACUACUACGGAAACUUCCACGAUGCACAAUCGCGUAGCAUCCGAAACUUCGACUGUGGGUAGCAGCAUUUUGUCUCAGUCCUCGACAGGAGUCACUAGUACUGUUGACAACCUCAUCGAGAAGGCUUCUACAUCUAAAGCAGAAUAUAUAACUGUCGGAAAUACUAAAGGGAAUGCUUUCACGGAAGCAAAUAUUGAAGAUGAAAUUACUCAGACGAAUAAUGAUUUGGAAAUAAGCACAAAUGAAGGAAUCACUCCCUCUCUUCGACUCACCAGACAAUCCGAAUUUUCAACUGUUCAGCAUUCUUUGCAGGAAAAUAUUUUUACAGAUGUUCAGGUUACCUAUGAUUUAGCAACUGGAAAUUCUGCAACAUUUUCUGAAAAUGACGUAAUAAUUACGACUUACCCUGCUCUUGAUAUUUCUUUACCAAGUUCAACAAUAACUUCAAGAACUGAACAGUCUAUAGGUAGUAACAUUGAAUCAACUGCAAUAUUAGAUACGUCUGUUAACAUUGAAAAUUCUACAACAGAUGUCGAAAGCACUUUCUCUACCACCAAUUUGAAAGAGAACACGAAUAAACAAAGUACCUCAACAAAAACGGGGACACAAAUUGUGGAAAUAUCUAUUUUUGACACAACUACCGAGAGUUUUCCCACUACGUACAAAAUUACUGAAACGGAAAAUAUUUCGUUAGAAACAAAAGAUGCAAGUUCUUUACCUACAGAAAUUGUUUCUAUAUCUUCAGACACGUCUACUCCUAUUUCUGACUUAACAAUGGCGAGCGAAACUCUACCAUUCAAAUCUUCGUCAUCGAAUGUGCCAGCGUAUUCUAUAACAGGAGAUUUAUUUGAAACAGAUUCAACAAACCAGCCUUUAUCAACUUCGGAGGCAUUCGAAACGACGGCAUCAGUUACGGAUGCAGAAAGUAGCAGUCGAAUUACUACGUAUAAAGAAAUGACAGGAGCAACAGUUCUUUCAACAAUCCGAGAAAACUCGACUGAUAAACCUCAAAACCUUUCUUGUUAUUGUGGAAAAUGCCGUAUACAAGAUAACAAUGACUGCACAAAAUUUUACGAAUGUAUAAAUAAUGAAUAUGUAACUAAACAGUGUGCUGUUGGAUAUCUCUUCAGCAAUGCACUUGAAAGAUGUGAAAUGGCUGAUAAUGUAGAAUGUGACCAAUAUUCAGAGCAGUGCUUGGAGGAUGAUGGAUUCUUUGUAGAUGCAAGUGAUUGCAGUUCCUACGUUCAGUGUUAUCAUGGCAUUCCGUACAAGAAAACUUGCUCAAAAGGUUUGCUGUAUAAUCCAGUGAAAAGGACUUGCGACAAAAAAUCGAAUUGCGGAGUUGAAGCAACUCUUCCAACAUCCAGAAAUAUGGUGAUCGAUUGUAACUGUGACUAUUGUAUAAUGGGAGACUCCGACGACUGCAGCAAGUAUUAUUUGUGCUUGGAUGGAGUUGCUUACAACGAAACAUGCAGCGACGGCCUUCGAUUCAACUCGGAGACUUCCACAUGUGACUAUGAAGGGAGUGCCGUAUGCACCUCGUUAUCGCCAAAGUGCAAGACCAAGAACGGAGACUUUCCAUUCCCAGAAAAUUGUUCUUUGUAUUAUCACUGCGUCGGAGGAGUUGCUUACAACAAAGAGUGCAUGCCGGGAUUCCACUUCAGUGCUAUUACUGGCCAGUGUGAAGAAGCUUGUGAAGCCGGGUGCGAUUCAUCCUUGGAGUGCCCCAUUACAAGCGAGUUGCCGAUAUGCCUGGACCAAAGUGACUUCUUUCCAAAUCCAGAUGACUGUCACACGUUCUACGAAUGCUCAGAGGGAGAACCGAAGCUCGCAGAGUGCACCGAUGGAGAACAUUUCAACGCUGUGGAAAAAAAUUGCCAAGACCCUUGUCAGGCCAUGUGCGAUCUCGAUUUAGUCUGCUUAAAUUCGACCACUGACUUUACUGAUUCUGGCACUUCAGUUUCCACAGCAAGUGAGACCAAUUCCACUGUUUCAUUACUAACUUCUGAGGAAACGAAAAUCUCUAAUCCCAGCGACAUCACUUCAACUAGCUUUUCACCAAUCUCAAGAAGAGAAACAACAACAACCGAAAGAGACUCAUUCUCCGAUGGGACUCCAAUACAUUUAUUUUCUUCGGUUCAUCCAGAACCUGAUGACUAUGAGCUUAUGACCGAAUCGACAUCUAGAACUACGCGAUACAUUUCUCAGUUUAACUUAUUCUCCGAUGAAACGACUGAAAUAUCUCCGACUACUUUCUCUGCUCUUUGCCCAGAAACCACAGGGGUCUAUCCCGAUCCUGAAGAAUGCAGAGCUUUGCACUUGUGUAUCAAUGGAUACCCAAUGAAGCUAUAUUGUGAUGACCAUUUGCAUUUCAAUCCCUUUACGAAACGCUGUGAAUCGCCAUGCAGUGCUUUAUGUGAUCCAAGUCUUGAUUGCUCAACCAUUGAGGAACCAGAUACGCUCACACCACUGCCGCUAACUCUAUGCAGGACGAAGGACUUUUUACCGAAGCGUGGUUACUGCAAGUAUUAUUACGACUGCACACGCGGCAAAAUACGAAGCAAGAAAAGAUGUCCCACAGGACUGGAAUUCAAUCCGACGAAGCGUGUCUGCGAUUUGCCUCUGAAAUCUGGUUGCGGCAAACCAGCGAAAGAUCUCCCUAAUCCAGAUCUAAAUUACAUGUGUCCCUGCGAAACUUGCCUCUUACCUUCCACUCAAAACUGCUUGGAAUAUUUCUUCUGUCGUAACUUUACUGCAUAUCGUUUGAAAUGUUCAGAUGGUCUUCGAUUCGAUAAGAACCAAAAUACUUGCAAUCUUGCUAAUCAAGUCGUUUGCGACUCGUCAAAUGAGGCGACAAGCACACCGUAUCCAUCAACAGAUGAAACAUACACAACAAAUGCAAGACCUGCUUACACAACACAAUCUCCAACGACGAUAUCUUAUACAACUACCGUACAACCGUACACAAAGUCGAUGUCAACUACGAGAAAGCCUUACACGACAAGCAGGCCUUACAAGACUAGCCCUACAACGAGUAGGCCCUACACGAAAAGCCCUACAACGAGCAGGCCUUACACAACAAGCCCGACAACAAACAGACCUUAUACGACAAACCCGACGACCAACAGGCCAUAUACUACGAGUCCCAUGGUGAGCCCGACAACGAAAAGGUCUUACACGACUAUCCCGACAACGAAAAGGCCUUACACGACUAUCCCGACAACGAAAAGGCCUUACACGACUAUCCCGACAACGAAAAGGCCUUACACGACUAUCCCGACAACGAAAAGGCCUUACACGACUAUCCCGACAACGAAAAGGCCUUACACGACUAUCCCGACAACUAAAAGGUCUUACACGACUAUCCCGACAACUAAAAGGUCUUACACGACUAUCCCGACAACUAAAAGGUCUUACACGACUAUCCCGACAACUAAAAGGUCUUACACGACUAUCCCGACAACUAAAAGGUCUUACACGACUAUCCCGACAACGAAAAGGCUUUACACGACGAGCCCGACAACGAAAAGGCUUUACACGACGAGCCCGACAACGAACAGGCCUUACACAACAAACCCGACGACCAGCAAGCCCUACACUACGAUCCCCACUACCAGUAGGCCCUACACUAUGAACCCCACGACCAAUAAGCCCUACACUACGAUCCCCACGACCAGUAGGCCCUACACUAUGAACCCCACGACCAAUAAGCCCUACAUUACGAAGUCCACGACGAGCAGGCCUUACACGACAAGCUCGAGGACGAGCAGGCCCUACACGACUAGCUCUACGACACGCAAGUCCUAUACUACAAGUCCGACUACUAAUAAGCCUAGAUCUACAAAAUCUCCAACAAAAAGUCCUUUUAGAUGUCCUGAAGCCAGUGGUGUGUUCAGAAAUCCAAAAGAUUGUGGUAGCUUCAUACAUUGCUCUAACUUCAUACCAUACUUUAAAGAAUGUCCUGAUGGUCUCCACUUCAAUGUUGAAACAAAACGUUGUGAUUAUCCUUGUGCUUCCAAGUGUGAUGGAUCAUUAGCUUGUGUCUCAAGCUCAGCAGUUCCACCUACAACUCUCAACCCGCUCUGCGCCUGUAAGAAUUGCCUUCGUCCUAGUCCAGAAAGCUGCACGAAAUUCUUCGACUGCAAGGAUGGCCAACCAACGAAAAGGGAUUGCCCUAGGGGUCAGACAUUCGAUCCCCGCCUGUACAGAUGUGACUGGGCGCAUCGAGUGGAUUGUCAGCACAGCGAAAUCUGUCCUAAGAGGAAUGGAUUAUUCCCAUAUAAGGGAGACUGUCAAAAAUUCAUCCGCUGCUCAAAUGGAAUACCAUAUACUAAAGGCUGCCCACGGGGGCUCCAGUUUGAUCCAGAAACCCUGCGCUGUACAGUCGCACCGGGACCGUGUGGCUCUGUCCCUUCAACGAAUGAAACUAGAAGCAAAUCAAAGCAGCCUGCUCCAGGAGCAGCACAGUGGCGCUGCCCCAGUAGUUUCGGAUAUUACAGACACGAAGGGAAAUGUAACCUAUACUACUUCUGCAACAAAGGCGUUGCACAUUUGAAAGAAUGUCCAGAAGGUCUACAUUUCAACUCGAAAUAUGGAACUUGCGACUGGCCAAAGGACGUUAAGUGUCGCUAUGACCAGAGUCGAAUGGAAAAAAGAUGUCGCCGUUUCACAGAAGAUUUCCAGUGUCCAGCUAACAGAUCGUACGUGGCAAAUUCUCACUGUGACAUGUUCUUCGACUGCCGAACUGGAAAAGCUUGCGCUAAGAAGUGCCCAGAGGGUCUCUAUUUCAACUGGGAAACAUCGAUGUGCGAUCUACCAACGAACGUUCGAUGCAAGAAAAGGGAUGGUGGCAGUUACAGCUUAAAGAGAUUUGCAGAAAUUUGCAGACACGGCUACAAGGUGCAGGCGGUGGACCCCGCAACGAACAAAUGUUACUACAAGUGUCAUCAUGACAAAUUGGGGCGUUUCUGCUGUCCCGGUACCCAUAUAUAUAACGAACAACGGAGGAAAUGUGAAAGAAGGGCAGCAUUUCACCUUCCGCGAAGAUACUUCUCCGAGAUAACAGAAAAUGAGGCUCCAGAGUCCACAAGGGAAGGUACUGGCUCAUUCGGCCCUCAGGCUUUUGUCUACGAUUACUUCAAUAUUGUUCCCAGACAUCUUUGCGGAAUAGCGAAUUCAAGCAUAAAGAGACAAUGUCGUGCGGGUGUUUGUGAUGACCGGCCCAUGUGUCCCCAAUCACCCUGUCGCUGUUUGUACCCCAGUAAAGUGGACUGUGCCCUCUACUACCAGUGUGUGCAGGGAAAGCCGCUCCAAUACCGAUGCUCUCCGGGUCUCUUGUUUAAUGAAGACACGUUAACAUGUGACUAUGAUUUCAACGUCAACUGUAGCAUAGGAAAGACUACAAGAAAAAUUGAAUCCUCCACUGGAGCUAUAACAAUUACAACUUCAAAAAUUUCUGAAAUUCCUGUUAUAAUUAACAACGACACAACCUCUGAUAAUUCUCAUAGAUCCAUAGAGCCUUUAACAAAAACUUCAAUUGACACAUCCGAGAUAUAUUCCACAAAAAUUUAUCAGUCUACAACAUCAAAUGAAAUUCACCCAACAGAAACAACUGUUUCAAAAUUCCCAGAUUUACCAACUAAAACAACAAAAACUACACUUACAGAAAUGCAAAGUGAAAGUUAUUCGAAACCUGCAAGUGAAGAGGAUAUGACUACUACAAACUCUUCUUUAAAGCCAACAAAGAUUUCUAUUCUUUCCACUUAUUCUAGUUUCGACAUUUUACUGAAUACAACUUAUUCAAAAUCUUCUGAUUUACUUACCAAAAUUACAAAUCCUUCCUUUACACCCAGAGAGAAUACUAAAUAUACAUCAACAACCAAAGCAAAGGAAAUAACGAGUCCUGUAAGCGAAGAAAGUGAAGCACCCGAUCCAAAUAAAUCUACACUAACCGUCAAAGAAAGUGAAGAACCAGAAGAAAACAUUUUUACAUCAACAGCCAAAGAAAGUGAAAAACCAGAAGUAACCAGCUUUUCCUUUACAACCAAAGACAUUGCAGUAUCAGAAACAGCAAUUUCUAGAUCUACAACCAAACAGAAAGAAGAACCUGAAACAACCAACCUUCCCUUAACAACCAAAGAAAUUGAAGAACCUGAAACAACCAGUCUUCCAUUAACAACCAAAACAAUCGGAGAACCAGAAACACCCAACCUUCCAUUAACAACUAAAGGAACUGAAGAACCAGAAACCACCAAUUUUCCAUUAACAAGCAAAAAAAUUGAAAAACCAGAAACAACCAUUUUUAAAUCUACAGUUAAGGAGAACAAAGAAUUAGAAACAACUCGCCUUACAUCGGUAGCCAAACAGAGUGAAGAAUUUGAAACAUCAAGCUUUAGAUCUACAAUCACAACUACUUCAAAGCCAACAGUAAUUAUUGGUUCGACUGGAGGCACAGAGCAUCCAUUACCAACAGAAGAAAUACAACCAGAUGUCACAAAUGAUUUCCAGAAUCGAAACUGGACAUGUCCCUUUCGGUUCGGAUUGUUUCCGGAUGAGAGCGACUGCAAUAAAUUCUACCAUUGUUCUCACUGGAAGCCAUAUCGCAAGGCAUGUCCCUCAAACCUCCACUUCAAUCCAGCAUUAAAAGUGUGUGACUGGCCAGAAAGCGCGGGAUGCGGACAAGAGUCGACGACAUCUGUAUCGAUUGAAACUUCAGCAACAAGAGAACCAGAAACGUCUUCCAACAUUUCGUGCAACUGCACCUUCUGCAUGUUGCCUGUGCCUGGCGAUUGCAGUGUCUACAUGAUGUGCACGAACAACUCUGCCAAAGUCAUCGUAUGCGGGCGUGGUUUGUAUUUCAAUACUAUGGCUCAAACCUGCGACCUGGAGGACAAUUUGCCUUGCGAAAACAAUGUCCAAUGCCCGGAGUCUUCUGGUCGUUUCCCCUAUCCACAUUCGUGCGUUCAUUAUAUGGAUUGCAACAACUUCGAAAUAACAGUCAAAAUAUGUCCUGAAGGAAUGAUCUUCGACAAAGAUAAGGCGGAAUGCCUUUCUGGUGAAUCUUGUGAAGAUAAGUUCGUCACUUCAACAGAUUCAACAAAUAAUAAGAAUUCUAAAAGUUUUACAAUGGAUUUAACGCAGUCGUCGACUGAUUAUGUAAGCGGCUCAACAUCUUCUUCUAAGACAGAGAAGAUAAAUAGUAUAAACGAUACAACAAUUAUGGGUACUGAAACUACUUUCACCUCAAAAGCAACGCCUAUAACUGAAAAAAAUAUCGCUACAGAUAAAUCGAACACUACCAGUGCAAAAAUAAAUUCCACUGUCUAUAUCACUACACAUACAGCAACAACUGAUUUCAAAUUCACAUCGGAAAGUGUAACCAAGAACGAAGAAUUGUUUUCAACUCAGCAUUCUGAUGGUGAAAGUGAAUUUAUAACCAUCACUAUGCAAACUGAUGAAGGUGGAGUUACAAGAAAAGACUAUUCAACAGUAAUUCCUAGUAUUAAUCCUAAAUCGGAAACCACAACUGAUGCCGAUUCAGUAAUGACAGAGAAAUAUGUAGUCUCUAGCAAAAUAACUUCAAUAGCAACAACAUUUUCAAAUGAAAAUUCUGCAAAACCUGAAAUAACUUCCUCUCCAUCAAAAAUUUCAGAUGAAACUUUAAAUAUUACCGAAAUAUUUUCAAACAUCCCAGAUGAAAUAUCAUCAACAAGAGAAACCGCCUCACAGUCAACAAAUGUAAUGGAUGAAUCUGCCACAGACAUUAAAACAAUUUCAUCACGGACAACAGUUCAAGAUAUCAUUUCAACAGAAACUAUUUCGCAGUCAGAAACUAUGCCAGAAAGAGAAGUGUCAACGGACACAGAUUCAACAUUAUCUUCAGUUGUUUCAAAUGAAACUGAAGUAAUUUUUACAUACGUUUCAACAGAGAUGGGAACGACUCCAUCUCCGGAGACAAAAAUUAACACUGAAGAUAUAUCAACAAUAUCAACUGCUGACACAUUUUCAGAGACGGAAGCCAUCAGGGAUUUGAGUACCACGAUGUUCAACAAAGAAACGACAAACAGCGUUUCAAAUCUAAGUAAUGAGACCAUAAAUGAAGAAGAAUCGUAUAGCACAUUACCAGAAAUAACAACAGUUAAAGGAAUAAGUAGUAACGACACCACAGAAUUCAAAUGUCCAAAUCGCUUUGGUCUUUAUCCUGAUGCAAAAAAUUGUUCCAAAUUUUACCAUUGUUCUCACUGGAUAGCGUAUCAUAAAACAUGUCCUUCGAAACUACACUUCAGUUCUGUGUUGCUUGUAUGUGAUUGGCCUUACAAAGCUGGAUGCAUUUCCACCAGAUCCACAACGACUGCUGAACAGAAUGAAAGCACUCCGUUUCAACCAACGACAACUGGAGCUUUUUGUCCCUGUGACUCGUGCGAGCUGCCGAUCCCGGAUGACUGCAACUCCUACAUUCUGUGCACCGAUAAAUCCGCCAUGCUCAUCUCUUGUGGGAGUGGGCUGAAUUUCAAUGUUAAAACUGGAACAUGCGACUGGGAGAAUAAUGUUCUCUGCGAGACAAACAUCGAAUGCCCUGGGCCCACAGGCCGUUUUCCAUACCCACGCUCCUGCUAUCACUUCAUGGAAUGCAACAAUACUGAAAUGACCGUCAAUAAGUGCCCAGAAGGAAUGGCUUAUGACACGAGUGAAGAAAGAUGCAGUUGGACUGCAACUUGCGAAGAUAUCGAAACGACAUAUUCUAUUAAAUAUGAAAGCACGACAGGUUUGGAGACGACAACACCUUUUCCACAUUCAGCCGAGAUUGUAAAAGUGGCUUCAACAAAAGAUACUUUUAUAACAUAUACAGAUAACGAAAGCUCAAAAAUAAAUAGUCUUUCAACAAGUAGAACGAAGUCAACAGUAAACCAUGUUCCCGAAACAUCUACAAAACUUAUAAAAGAGACUUCGGAGACUUCAUUCCCUUUUGAUCCUGUAACUACUUCCACGAAAAGAGAUUUAUCUUCAAGUAGCAUUUCUACAACUUACGGAAAAACUACCAGUCUCGAAGAUCUGAGCACUCAUCAGAAGACAAAAAGGGACGACAGUGAAUUCUCAAGUACUUUGCCACCAUUUACUAAUGCCGAUUUUUCACUAACUAGCAAGUCAAAUGAAAAUUAUACUACGAAGAGAUUCAUCUCAACAACUGUUUCUUUAUCAUCCGAAUUUAUUCCUACGUCAUCAAAUCACGAUUUUGCCUCAACACCUAGCACAGAACUAAGUACAGCUGCUGAUUCGUUGAACACUGAAACCGAACUUCCCGAUUCUUCUAAGAAAGAAACAAUAAAUCCGACUACAGAAGUCAAAAUCUCAACUAAAAUUCGUGAAAAUUCCAGCACUUCCACUGGCACCAAUUCAUUUGAAACUGAAUCAUUGAUCCCAGAUGCAACAACUGAAAGUCUUGCUGAUUUCGCAAAAGCAUCGACGAAGAGUUUGGUGACAAUUCUUUCUUCAACUGACGGUUCUUCUUUACUGACUGAGUCUUCUACAAACACAGUUUCAAAAAUUACCGAAAAUUACCAAAAUUUUACCACUGCAAAUGAUUUAGAUGUAAAAAUAUCCACUCCUGAAGCUGAUUCAAACUCAUCUUUCUUUUGUCCGUCACGUUUUGGCCUAUUUCCAGAUCCUGAGAACUGCUUUCGUUUCUAUCAUUGUUCCCACUGGGUGGCGCUUCACAAGUGGUGUCCUUCCGAUCUCCAUUUUAAUCCGAAACUGCAAGUGUGUGACUGGCCUAAUCAAGCAGGGUGUGGUGAAUCACCAAUUAUGCCUACUUCUGAAAUAAUCCAACCCAACGAGAAGGAUAUCAUUGUAAACCAAACCUGUGAUUGUGAAUGCUGCUUCUACCCGAACAAGACUGAUUGCUCGAGAUACACACUAUGUCUAGAUGGUUAUCUGCACAAGGGUCAGUGCGCAGAAGGCCUUCUGUUUAACCACCUUGACAGCAACUGUGACAUUGCCGAGAGAGUGACCUGUCCGCAAACAUCGCCUUCCUGUCCAUCCCAAAAUGGAAUCUAUCCUCAUCCUACUCUAUGUGCAGCAUUCUACAGAUGUGUCAAUGGACAAUCCUUCUUAGAAUAUUGUUCUGAAAAUGAGCAUUUCAAAACUUCUGAAAGAAAAUGUGUGGAUCCAUGCGAUGCAAACUGCGACAAGACAUUAAGUUGCAAUACGCCACGUCCACCGUCGGAAAUCUCCGGUUCACCCAUCUGCAUUGCAAGAGAUGGUCUCUACCCGUCCGAAGAUGACUGCUCGUCAUAUUAUAUGUGCACAGAGGGCCGGGCAUAUCCAAUAAAAUGUCCGGAAGGGCUGCAUUUCAAUGUUGAAUAUGGAGUCUGCGAGCCACCAUGCGAUGCUCGAUGCGAUCUCACCGUUGACUGCCCCUCGCCGAUUCAAUUUGCUUAUAGUAAAUCGUUCGAAAUUCUUCCCCUACACUGUCCCAGACCAAAUGGACUAUUUCCAGUAGCAGGGGAAUGCGGCGCCUAUAAACUGUGUUCUAAAGGAAGGGCGCAUCUACUUCAUUGUCCCCCUGGAUUUCAUUACAGCAGUAAGGACGAAACUUGCGAGACGCCAUGCAGUGCUCAGUGUGACAAGAGCGUAGAUUGCACUCUUUUAAACAGCGGGAAGUCAAAGAGAAAUCUCGUUCCUUCCGUUCAUUUACCUCUGCUGCUUCUGUGCAAAACUCUAAGCAAUGGAACACUACCAAAUUCCAAAAACUGUUCAUCUUUCUACAAAUGUUCUAAUGGUAAAGUUCACCUUAUGCUUUGCCCUAGAGGACUGCAUUUUGAUCCCGAAGACAAAACAUGUAAAAAUCCAUGUCUUGCUGGCUGUGAUCCAAAUAUCCAAUGUCCAUCAGAGAUCCCCACACCUGAAGGAAAGUGUUCUUGCGAAAAUUGUUACCUACAGGAUCCUACAGAUUGUUCAGCUUACCUCUUCUGUAGUCAUGGUUUUUUGACCAAAGGCUACUGCCCGCGAGGGAUGCUGUUUGAUCGGUCAUCCAACAAAUGCAGAAAUGCGUCCGAAGUGACCUGUGAAGCAAUCGGUGAUCCGGCAAUGUGCGACGAGCCUUCCGGAAACUUUUCUUAUCCGGGCAACUGCAAAAAGUUUAUACAAUGCAGAGAUUCGGUGGCUCACGUCAUGGACUGUGAAGAUGAGUUGGAGUUCGAUCCAGUGAUUCAGGAGUGUGCGAAUCCUAAGAGACAUUGUGAACAACUUGGAAAGGAUCCCGUUUGUGAAGAAAUCUCAGGAUAUUUUGCUCAUCCAAAAAAUUCCAGUUUAUUCUAUCAUUGUGAAAAUGGCUUCAAAUACUUAAAAUCUUGUUCAUCUCCAUUGAUUUACAACGCCGUGGAUCAGGUUUGUGACUGGCCACAUAAUGUUCAAGAAUCGAGAAAAAAAGUGCUCAAGACUAAAGACAUUAAGCAUGAAAUAAUUGAGUAUAGCUCAGCAUUAUCAUCACACGAAAACCUUUCAGAAUCGAAGAACUCAAAUGGUAUGUCCUGUGAAGUGGUUCCUGGAAUAUUGUGCCCCUGUGCUUGUCGAGUGACGACCUAUGACGAUUGCCAAUCUUUCUACCACUGUCUAAGGAACGGCAAGGCCUGCAAGAAACGCUGCCCGGAAGGUCUGUACUUCAACAGAAAGAGGAUGGUUUGCGAUCUGCCUCAAAAUGUAAAAUGUAGAGAUUUUUUCUUUGCCACUUUAAGAAGAUUGAAGUCUCAAAAAUCUGAUCAAACAUUGAUCAAAUAUCCACUUGAAACUGCGCAUUUCUCACCAGAUCCAGAAAUCCUAUUGUGAGAAUUUCAGCAUCGUUGCCUUGCAUGUUAAUCAUGUAAUCACUAUUGUAUCGCAUGGGUUCUAAUUUAUUGGAGGCUUUUUGGAGGCUUUGACAAUUUAUCCAGCAAAAGCAUAGAUAUGUAAUUUAAGAAUUUUGAAAAUAAUUCUAUGGUGUAAUUUAUUUUUACACAUUUAAAUAAAACAAUGUUUUUAAAUGA